GGUGUGAAUCCAUCCAAGUCUUCUUCGUCCGCUAGCGCUCAGUCCGUCGCAGCAAGCCAGUACGUUCAGUCGACGCAAAAGCACGCUUCCGGUGCCGCUAGCUGCUCACGUACCGUAACGGACGAUCAGGACGUUUGUUGUUAUUCACUUGUUUAGUUCCCUUGGUGACGGAUUAGAUCGAUAGGCCUUCAGGUGUGUCGUGGGGCCCCGCAGUUGUGAUUUUGUGUGUGCGAGACAUUUUCGGACUUUUCCGAGAGGGACAUGAAGUUCUAAGAGUGGGGAAGGAGUUUGAACUUUAAUUUUUGGACUGUUGUAAAGAAACGCGCUUUAACGAUGACGUCCACGAUUGUAUUUUUCGCCACGCUUUUGGUUGCCGGCAGUUGCCUGGAACUGAAGAACGGGGCCUACGAGGAUUUGGUCAUCGAAAUUGCUGAUACCGUUCCUCAACUAGAGUGCACGAAGAUAGUAGAAAAUAUCGAGACCACCCUCAUAAGCGCCUCCCAAUACCUGUUUUCCGCUCUGGACAGCCGCGCUUACUUACGAUCGGCGACUGUCUUGCUUCCCCCUUCCUGGCCCGAUUCCUGCGUGUCAAGCUCGGUCCUUUCCGCUUCCGGUGAAUCUUCCGACGUCACCGUCUUGGCAAGCGACCCCACCCGGGGCAAGAUAUGGACGCAACAAUCGCUGGGUUGCGGUCAACCGGGCGAUCAGAUCUACUGGGGAUACGAGAGCUUGCUGAUGAAGGAUAAUGCUCUAGCCCGAUCUCUGAUAAAAGAAUUCGCCAUGUACCGUUAUGGGGUUUUCGAGGAGCAAGGGUACUAUAACGAUCCGAUCUACCCCAUGUGUUACUACGACGACCAAAUCAAACAGGCAAAAGUCACCGGAUGCUCAGAUCUACCAAUACGCGACAAUGGCAUCUGCUCUACGGAUCCCAACGCGGUGUACAACACCACCAAAAUGGUGGACGAAAGAGCUCGCUCUUCCAUCAUGUUCGCAGCUGAAGCCCCCCAGGUGUCGAUGUUCUGCGACGAGGGCAACCACGACCGUCUGGCGCCCACCAAGCACAAUCUGAUCUGUCAGAGACGCAGCGUCUUAGACGUCAUCAUCAGUCACAAAGAUUUCACUCUGAACGUCCCCCAGAACACGCUUAACUCCAACCAAAUCACCGAUACCACCCCAAGGAUCAUCUACAAGAAGCAGAAUUUGACACGUUACGUCUUCGUCAUCGAAAACACGAAGGACAUGAUGCAAAGGGAGUCUUGGAGUUACCUGAGGUUAGCCUUGAGGCAGUGGGCCAGUUAUAUAUUGCCGGAUAACACGGAAAUCGGAAUGGUUCUGUCUGAUUCCGUUCAACCAUCCAGAGCAUUGAACAUCGUUCCCGCUAGAAGCAACUUCAAUGAUAGAUUCGGGAAUAACAGAGAUAAGUUCUACUCUGCUCUGCCGUACACUCCUAGUGAAAGUAUGCAACCUGGAUGCCUACAUUGUUCUCUCAAAGAAGCAAUGCAUAUGCUCAACGCCCGUACAAAGACUCACGGACCUGCUAAUAAUGUCGUAGUCGUCAUAGCUCCCGGAAUGAACCUGGAAGACCACCUGCAAAGUACCGCCAAGGAUUUGAAGAGGUCUAAGAUCAGAGUAGCCACUAUAAACUAUCCUGACAUCGUGAGAUCAAACACCAUGAGUUUACUGGCUCAGGAAACGGACGGUGCUGAUUAUACAGUGUUUGAGCAAAAGCUGAACGUUGAUAGCACCUUACUUUCCACUUAUUUUGAGCUACACAACGUCUUAUACGAUAUCGUAACUAAAUUCUAUUCUGGAAGCCAAGCGGACUUGCCUAUAGAAAUUCACCGAAGAGAAAUCAUUGACGAUGGAAGGUCUUCGGUAACUGGAAGCUUUAUGUUGGACCCCAGCAUGGGAGAACCGGCUCAAUUCACUUUUUAUACGCACAACACCGUCACACCCCUCAUCAAAGGUUUGAAACUGAUCAGUCCCAGUCAUCAGACGUUUGCUGAUAGGAAUGACAAAUUCAUCGAUUUCAAAAUGAUCACUCUAAACUCAAAUAUAUCUGAGACUGGCACUUGGACUUACGUUGUGGAAACCUACACAGGCAAUCCACAACCUCACUACUUGCAAGUAAUGGCUACUCCAAAGUCGCCGACUGUGAACGUGGUGCGAGCCAACUUCAGAAUGCACAGGAACUCACCCGGAGAUCCUUUGAUCCUCUUGGCUGAUGUUAAGAAUGGAGAUCUGCCAAUCCUGGGAGCUAAAGUGGAAGUGGUAGUUACCAAACCUGAUACGAACAGUUCCAUGGUGCACAGAAGUAAAAUAGAACUGUUGGAUACCGGUGCUGGAGACCCGGACAUCACCAAAGGCGACGGCGUUUACACCAGGUACUUCAGCGCUGCCGAGUGGGGACCAGGACUGUAUACCUUCGAAGUGAUUGUAACUGACAAUGGGAAUACCGCUUAUACCUGGACGGAAUCUUCAAGAAACAACGAAGAUAGACCUUGCUGUGGAAGUUUGAUACCAUCAAAUGGCGUCCAACCUAUCUCUCCCUUCCAAAGGGUAUUGCCUAAAGCCACGAUUCUUAUAACACCCGAGGAAAUCCAGUCAGCAAGUCAAGUCUCUGUGGGUCGUAUAGGAGACUUGAAGGUAGAGGUCAUUCCAGAAGACAUGAAGGCCCGUUUAUCCUGGACCUCUCCAGAUAUGGGUGGAACCACUGUAUCACGUUAUGAGAUCCGUUACGCCUAUUCAGUUUUGGAUAUUAUGGACAAAUUCGAAACCUCUGCUACGAUCUGGGACAACGGUCAACCGUUUCCCUUGGCGCCUGGCUCAGAAACCACCCUCACCCUGGACAUGAGUCAGAAUAAAGAACUAUUGGACAAGCCUCUAUACUUUGCCAUCAAGGCUUAUCCUAAGUUCACCUCGGACUUUUCCGGGCCAAUAUCUAACUGGGUGAGAGUGUUGGUACCUUCACCACCACCACCACCAACUGUCCCUCCCACUUAUUCCUCCAACGAAUUGGGUUUUUGGCCGAGCAACAACAAUAACAAUGUCGGUGUGGAUCCAGUCACCCCAAGUAUCGCUAGUGCUAUGCCUGUAGGACUAGAACUUAUCUUACCAGUCGUGAUCGGUAUUAUUUUGCUGAUACUGCUCUUGAUAGUGUACUGCUACUUCUGCGUCAUCAAGAAGCGCAGGCGAGACAACCACAAAAAUUCCAGCAAGGCUAACACCAUAAAGAAGGACAACUUAAGCUCCACGAUCACCAUCGUACCCAGCUCACCGCAGAAUGCUACACAAACGUACGUGAGUGCCGAUGCACCAGAUCCCCACCAAGUCGGUGUGCCAGUGAACAACUACGCUUAUGAAGACGAGACCAAGAAACGCUAUUCUCUCGUUCACCACCAAGAGCAGCAGCUGAUCGAGGAGUUGAAGCAGCAACAGCAGCAACAAAUACACCAGCAACGCGAUGCUUACGGGGGAGUCAGCGUCAUUUCCAACAACACCAUCAACAGAAACCAACCGAUCCUUAGCCCUUACAACUCCUGGAGCGCUUCCCAGCUUCUCCACGAGCACGAAAGGCGCCACAGCCCUAUGGACGGUUCUAUGAUGGAACAAGAACAGAUGAUAUCCCAAGAAAUAAUGCUGAACAACGACCACAUGUCCGUGAACGGGCAAAGUAUCGACCACAUGAGCAUCAACCAAGUGCAGGAACCCUACCCCCAGGAUCACCUCCCCCCUCCGGUACCCCCACUACCAGCUUUCAACGGUAACGGCUACCCAGUGAACUACAACAUCUACGGCGUCCACCAGGCUCCCGUGCAACAAGGCCACGCGAUCUACCAGAGUAUGCAGAGGAACGAGUCUCUGGCCCCCUUCAACCCCAGCCUGCAGGGUUCGCUUAACUCGGUGAACUCGGGGGAGAAGAAGAGACGUAACGUGACGAUGGUGUAACAUAGUGUAACCGUGGUGGACACGAUAAGCGUGAAAAAAUUCGAGACUUUUACGAGUUAUCUGUGAAUGGGUGUUGUACAUUUUGUAUAGUUUUGUAAAUAUUCUUUGUUUUUUACUAGUCAGGUCGUGUUAGAUGUUUGUUAGAUGAAAACAAAGCCAGUACUUAUUAAUAUUUAAUAUUAUUCGUAGGAUACGUAGUGUACAAAUUUUGUUUUUGUUAAAUUGAAGACUGAUCUCACAUAAUGUUUUUCUUAUUUCUAUUGUCGUAGCAUUGUGGGGUUGCGUUCUAAGGUACUCUGUUUAUCUUUUUUGUAUAUAAUUAUUUCUAGUGUUAAGGGUCAACAAUUUUGUAAAUAUUCUCCAUAAGUAUGCAAUUGCCAGUAAAUGUUGUCUUGAGUUUU